AUGUUUGCUCGCCAAAUUCUUACCAAGGGCUUCAAUGCCACUACUCGCUUUAAUGCCUUGAGGCAGGUCAGGAAUCUUGCUACCGUCACCGGAAGCGCCGGAAGGCAGAUGCCCCAGCCAGAGAGAGAGACUGGCACUCCUAUCAGCAAUGACAGAGCUACUUUCACCAUCAAGAACGGUCCUAUCUUCCACGGAAAGUCCUUCGGUGCCCGUUCUAACAUUUCCGGAGAAGCCGUCUUCUCUACUGCCCUCGUUGGAUAUCCCGAGGCCCUUACUGAUCCUUCCUACCGUGGUCAAAUCCUCGUCUUCACUCAGCCGCUCAUUGGGAACUAUGGUGUUCCCUCUGACCAACGCGACCAGGAUGGUCUUUUGAAAUACUUCGAGUCUCCCCAUCUCCAGGCCAUCGGUGUUGUUGUUGCCGACGUCGCCGAAAAGUACUCGCACUGGACUGCCGUUGAGUCACUUGGCCACUGGUGUGCUCGUGAGGGUGUUCCCGCCAUUACUGGUGUCGACACUAGGGCCAUUGUCACCUACCUCCGUGAGCAGGGUUCUUCUCUCGCCAGGAUCACCAUUGGAGAGGAGUAUGAUGCGGAUCAGGAUGAGGCAUUCGUCGACCCUGAGCAAAUUAACUUGGUCGAGAAGGUCUCCACCAAGGCGCCUUUCCAUGUUGCAAGCUCAAACGGAGACCUCCAUGUCGCAGUCAUUGACUGUGGUGUUAAGGAGAACAUUUUGAGGAGUUUGGUUAGCAGGGGUGCCAGUGUCACCUGCUUCCCAUGGAACUACCCCAUUCACAAAGUUGCGCAUCAUUUUGACGGAGUUUUCAUUUCCAAUGGACCUGGUGACCCAACUCACUGCACCCCCACCGUGUACCACCUCCGCAAGUUGAUGGAGUCCUACACCGGUCCCAUCAUGGGUAUCUGUCUUGGACACCAGCUUCUUGCCCUGGCCGCAGGUGCCAAGACCAUCAAGUUGAAAUACGGAAACCGUGCCCAUAACAUUCCCGCUCUUGAUCUCACCACUGGUCGCUGCCACAUCACUUCGCAGAACCACGGAUACGCCGUUGACAUGAACACUCUUGAUGCCUCUCAAUGGAAGGAGUACUUUGUCAACCUCAACGACGGAUCUAACGAGGGAAUGAUCCACACUUCUCGCCCUAUUAUGUCCACCCAGUUCCAUCCCGAGGCCAAGGGUGGUCCCCUCGACUCUAGCUUCCUCUUUGACGCCUACCUCGAUCAGGUUGCCGCCUUCAAAGCCGAGCAGAUCCUCUCUGCCCCCGGACGCGUUGGAAGGCCUAGCCCGCUCUUGGUCGACAUCUUGUCUAAGCAGCGUGUGGACGUUGCCCCCAACCACGUCUUGAGGGAAGUUGAGAGGAGGGCUGCGAGCGCUAAGGCUGAGAUUGAGUCGAAGCAGGCUGACGCCACCGCUGCCUAA